AUCCGAAGAACCAAUGGAAGUACGUGACUACGUGGACGAACUGAAAGAGAAGUUGGUCAACGUGCAUGAACUAGUGAGGGGCCGGAUCAAGAUUGCCAGUGACCGAAUGAAGACCCGUUAUGAUGUGAAGGCCAACUGUGGCGGAUUCCAGGAAGAUGACUUAGUGUGGCUGUAUAACCCCCGACGGAAGAAGGGACGUUGCCCAAAACUGGCUCCUGACUGGGAAGGUCCAUACACUAUCGUCACUAGAAUAAAUGACGUAGUUUAUCGGAUCCAACGUGGACCAAAGACGAGGAUGAAGAUCGUUCAUCUCGAUCGACUAAAACGGUACGAAGGAAACAACGAAGACGCUUCCGAUCGGGACGAUCGGAUUUGAAGAGGGGGGCAGUGUUACGAAAUACACCCUUACGCCGCCCCAGUACGACGCCUAUGGCGGUCGAGAGCCUUCUGGACGUACGCACGGCGCUGAUGGGUGAAUCAUCGCUGUUGACGGCCGAGAGGCGGGCGCAUAAAGACAGGUCUGGAGCGUCUCGAAGCGGCGUCCAGGGGAGUCUCGAAGCGGAGUCGCGAUGGAUGUUCGUGAAGGAUCUCGAUCAGAGACUAUGGGUUUAAAUAGAGGCGACCGUAGGUAAUGGAUUCAUUCAUCCAGUGAAGACAGUCGAGAGCGCCGGAAUAAUUUCUGUACAUAUUCGUCGCAAUAGAUAGUGUUGUAAUUCGACCUGAAGAAAUAAAUUUUUUGAGUUUUACCAACACCCGAUUUAUUAUUCGUCCGUCAAUCGUAACAAAUUGUUAGAAAAAACAGUUUUUACCGACCAGGCAUGGUUUUACGUCGGUGGGUUUGUUGACUCACAAAAGAUGCGGAUUUGGAAUACUGAAAAUCUACAAGUUUACGGAGAAGCAUCUCUACAUGCACUUAAAGUUAGCAUUUGGGCCCUUUUUUUAAGGGAAUCUUACAGCGGCAUCAAGGUCUUAUGAUCUUACACCGGAAGAUUUUUCCUUCUGCAAUAUUGUCAUGAAGACAAAUAUUUUAUAAUUGUUAGUUGCGAAAUCAUGACGCCUCGCUUCUUCUCGAAUCAUACGAUGGUGGUAUUAGGAGACGGAAGAGCAUUGUCUUGCUAGAACGAAAAUAUGAUUGACUGUUGUCGAAAAAUUGGAUUACCCUCUUAUACCAGGUAUGUCGUUUUUGAAGGAACAUAAAGCAAUUCUUGAUAUGAAAAAUGAUGUAGUUACAGUUUUGGGACCACACUACAAAUACGUUUUUUUUUUCAAUUUAACAGGGCCAGAGAUUUUCGUAAAAUAUAGGAAAUUAAUUACAAAAGAUAUAAUUGACACAAGUUUCGGAUUCACAUCCGGUUGCUCAUACAAUGUCUAGGGAGUCAUCAAACUGUCACAGUGUAACGAAGCGAAUUUUCGCGGGCCGGAAACCGUGACGCGUACCGCGAAAGCCGGGGGUAAAUUGGCGAUCGCCGCGCCGCCGCGGCGGAAGUAGAGAACUCUUGCCUGAAACUCCAAAGAGUACGGAAGUGCUGUGGCGAAAUUGGCUGUUUUUAAGUUUCUGGAGAAGUGUGACCAAGUGUGCAGAUCGACCCUCCGACCUCCGUAAGUACCUUUUUGGGUCGCCUGCCUGUUUUGUACCGGUUUUGGAAUCGCCGCCCCCGAGCGAGAAACCGUGUCACCGUCACCGCGUUUUUUUUUGUCACCGUCGAAAGUCGACACCGUCGUGCACGCGUCGUUACCGUCACCGCGCUCCCCUCCCGGAUCGCCGUACCGUCUUCGCGCGAUUUCCAGGUUCAAGGUCGCCGCCCCCAGAGCCACGAGGAGCCCGGCCUGAAGGAAGUCGCCGCCCAGGAGGAACGACCGUGCCGGACAUUUAAAUUAAUUCUUUUUGUUUGUAAAAUCGAAUUGUUAGUCAUUUAAGUUGUUUAGCUGUAAGAUUUAUUAUUUUAGACCGUGUAGCUGGUGGUAGGGAAUAAACCCUAUUUUGUUAUAACACAUUCUCGCCGUUUUAUUUAUUAUUCUCGAGUUUUCGCGGCGGCUCAUCACCUGAAUUCCGUGUCUCUGGCUUUAGAGCACCCCGGCGCUCCCUCCCCCGGAGAGGGAGCUGGCGCCUGAGCGACCGCCGCUCCUGACCGAAGGCGCCACCCCCGGCGGCGUGAAGGUAGCCGCAUGAGCUUGGUCGACCAGACGUGUUACUGACAUCAGCGAUACUAGUCGACCCAAAGCUUGGCACCCAAGUACGCCGCCACCCCAUACGUUAUCGGCGAGAUUCCGGACCGUCACCGGACCGUCCGUCCCGUCCCAUCCGGAAUUUCGUCGCAUAAUUUUGGCGCCCGAGCAGGGACCUAAAGUGAGCCGCCCCCGGUCGUCCGCCGCCACCAGCUACGUUUUUGUCCGCUAUCAGCGGGGGACCGUCGUUUUUGAGCGGUCUGUUUUUUUUUUUGGUUUCUUGGCAAAAUUGCCGAAAAAGAUAAGCGCCGUUAUCUUACUGUUUUUUUUUUCUUUUUGUGCUGUAUUGUGGUCGCCGCCACUGUCCCCCAAGUCCCGUGACGCCAUCAACCGUCACCGUCAGAAUUGGUGACGUCACAGAAUGGGUAAGGAGGACCAAGACCGGCCGCACCCAGCUCCGCUCGCGACGUGGGUGCACCAGCUGCAGCGUCACGAGCUGGAAGAAGCCCUGCGCGAGAUUGGGAUCGACGCCACUGGUUCCGUCGACACGCUCCGCCGGCGUUUGAAGGAUUUUCAUCUCCGUCGCCAGGCCGAAAUCGACACGGAGAUGAACCUGGAGGAGUUGGCCACGUCUCUUCCGACCGUCACCGACGAGGUCGUGGACACCGUCAUCGUGUCGAGCCCCAACGCCUCCAUAUCGACGUCGACCAUCGGGUACGUGGUGGCAAAUUCGGCAUCAGCGACAUCGCUGACCUGGAGCAUUGCGCUAACCAGGCCUGCCGUGCCCACGCCCGUGAUUUCGCGACCGGUGAUGCCAGCGGCGUUUCCAUGGGCAGCCCCCACCAGCGCUACAGGUGCCGUUCCCCGAGUCCAGUCCCCAGGUGCCCUGUCACGACCUGCCGUCCCGCUGGAACUUGCUCGUCCCGCCUCUGGAGAGGCCCCCAGGAGCCGACCCGACGAGCCAAGUGCGUGGACGUACAGCGAACCGCACCGUCUUUCCCCAUCGCCCUCACCGACAGCCACAAGACCAACUUCGCCGUCUCUGAGUCGAGAAUUUCGACCGCCACCACCGAAGCGCCCGUCUCUCGUGCCACCACCGGCACCGACUCAGCCCCGUCGAAGUUGCCACUCGGUCCAGUCGUGCUAUGCACACCCGCGGGACACCCGUUGGGAAGCCCUGGACCUAGUGCGCAAGAGCCGUGUUUACUUCGACGGAGAGACCGACCCCAUGGCGUUUCUGGAGCGCGCCGUAGAGCUCCAGGAGCAUUUUGGCAUUGCAUCGGACACGAUGCUCACCGUGCUGCCGGAAAUGUUCACCGAUAAGGCGUUGGAGUGGUACCGUAACAAUCGGGCCCUCUGGUACUCCUGGGACGACUUCGUCGAGGAGUUCCGGGACUUCUACAUGCCGAAUUAUGAAGAAGUCUUGGAAGACCAGAUCGUCAAUCGUCGCCAACGACCUGGAGAAGCCGGCAGGGAUUUUAUACAGGCGAUGCAAACCCUCACCCGCCGUCUGGGAGGGUAUUCUCCACAGGCCGUCGUUCGUCGCCUGUACAGCCACCUGCUGCCGGAGUACCGCCAGUACAUCCGCCGUAGAGACUUCCAGACCAUCGGGGAGUUGGUGAGGCUCACAGAUGAGUAUGAGCAGCUACAGAAGGAAGUGAGCAGCCGUCCACCAGUCCCGCCACCGAAUUGCACUUCGACGACGACCCAGAUCCCGGCUGCCAGGUUUGCUUACGCCCCUCGGUCUGAAAACCGUACCCUGCAACCGUCGUCCAGGCCCGUGCAGCCACCCACGGCACCACCGCGAAGGCUGGAGACCAUCCAUCCCCCACCACCGUCGUCCAGGCCCAUUCAGCCGCCCACAGGCGCCACCGCCAACACCGGAACCACCGUCAAAUGUUGGAGGUGUGGAGAAUCCGGACAUUACCGCUCGGCCUGCAGGAAGCGAGCCCGACUGUUCUGCUCCAGGUGCGGCCGAAGCGGUAUAAUGUCCCGAGAGUGCCCCUGCGACCGAAGAAACGAGCGAGAAGUCUGCGUCAUGUCGAAGCCGUCGCAGCACCCGUCCAAGCCGUCGCAGCAGCCAUCCAAGCCGACUCCGUUGAUGGAAGCUCCGCUCAAGUUUCCCGACAACCGUCCCCAUGUCGCCGUCACACUUUUUGGCACCGUCUACGACGCCCUCCUGGACACCGGAGCCGUCAGCACGUUCAUUGGCCAGGAAGUUGCCACCGUGCUGCGCCAACGAAACGUUGUCCCCGUGUCAGCCCCCCAGGUUCGGAUCCAAAUGGCCCAUGGCGACAUCGUCCCAUCCGCAGGAAGUUACGACUUGGAGAUGAAAAUCGGCGACGUCCCCGUGACAGUCCGCGCCGCCGUUUUUCCAACCCUCACUACAGCUAUGGUUUUAGGUAUGGACUUCCUGCACGCCAACGCCAUAGCCAUCGACAUUCCCCGAAGAGUGAUGCGAUGCCACCGUCCAACGUGCAGUUCAGCCACCACCGACCCUGCAGUUCCGCUCGCUGUCCAGAGCGCCACCGUUUUGCCGCCCCUCGGCACUCUGUCAUCUCCGCGUCAAUGCAGAGGAGUCGAGCAGCCUGUCCUGCCCAGCAGCGGAUCCCGGCGAAGACCGAGAAGACGUCAGCCUAAUCGGCGUGGACCUCGUCUCCACCGGCUGAACACCGUCGACCGAAGUUGAAGUUCCACCAUGCCAGCCCGUCCACAGCACCGUCACCAAGGAGUCCAGGACACUGCCGUCUGAACUCGAACUCACCGUCCCCAAGGAGUCCAGGACCCCGCCGUCUGAACCGGAACUUCAGUCCACCAGAGCUGCGCAGGAAGGAAAGCCGUCUUCGAAGAGAAAAAAAAAAGAAGUUACACUCCUUUUUUUUUGCCGACGAAAGGGGGGAAUGUAACGAAGCGAAUUUUCGCGGGCCGGAAACCGUGACGCGUACCGCGAAAGCCGGGGGUAAAUUGGCGAUCGCCGCGCCGCCGCGGCGGAAGUAGAGAACUCUUGCCUGAAACUCCAAAGAGUGCGGAAGUGCUGUGGCGAAAUUGGCUGUUUUUAAGUUUUUGGAGAAGUGUGACUAAGUGUGCAGUUCGACCCUCCGACCUCCGUAAGUACCUUUUUGGGUCGCCUGCCUGUUUUGUACCGGUUUUGGAAUUGCCGCCCCCGAGCGAGAAACCGUGUCACCGUCACCGCGUUUUUUUUUGUCACCGUCGAAAGUCGACACCGUCGUGCACGCGUCGUUACCGUCACCGCGCUCCCCUCCCGGAUCGCCGUACCGUCUUCGCGCGAUUUCCAGGUUCAAGGUCGCCGCCCCCAGAGCCACGAGGAGCCCGGCCUGAAGGAAGUCGCCGCCCAGGAGGAACGACCGUGCCGGACAUUUAAAUUAAUUCUUUUUGUUUGUAAAAUCGAAUUGUUAGUCAUUUAAGUUGUUUAGCCGUAAGAUUUAUUAUUUUAGACCGUGUAGCUGGUGGUAGGGAAUAAACCCUAUUUUGUUAUAACACA